CCCUCCGCUGGCGGCGGCGGGCAUGGCGCCCGGGCCGUUCGCCGGGCCGCAGGCUCAGCAGGCCGCGCGCGAGGUGAACACGGCGUCGCUGUGCCGCAUCGGGCAGGAGACGGUGCAGGACAUCGUGUACCGCACCAUGGAGAUCUUCCAGCUGCUCCGGAACAUGCAGCUGCCAAAUGGUGUCACGUACCACACUGGCACGUACCAGGACCGGCUGACAAAGCUGCAGGACCACCUUCGCCAGCUCUCCAUCCUCUUCAGGAAGCUGAGAUUGGUGUACGACAAAUGCAAUGAAAACUGCGGAGGAAUGGAUCCCAUUCCUGUGGAGCAACUGAUUCCGUAUGUGGAGGAAGACGGCUCGAAGAACGAUGACCGGACUGGCCCGCUUCGAUUCGCUAGCGAUGAGAGACGAGAAAUCGCCGAAGUAAAUAAAAAACUCAAACAGAAGAAUCAACAGCUGAAGCAAAUUAUGGAUCAAUUACGAAAUCUCAUCUGGGAUAUAAAUGCCAUGUUGGCAAUGAGGAACUAAGCUGAUACUUACAUUUCCUGUUCUUUACAUGUUAUAUCAUUGUUUUUCCCUCAAGUAUUUUUUUUUGCUUUGAUAAAGAUUAUUUAUGUACUUUUAUUUUAGUCACUAGAACUAAAGUUCCUAUUUUUACAUUGUAGUUUUACCUUAAAGUAUUCAUUAACUUUUUUAAUGCUGUUGACUCUAUGAAAGAUUAUUGUAAUAAGUUUUGAUAGCAUUUGUGGUUUGAUUAUCUUCAUGAAUUGAAUAAUGACUUUAAAAGCAAAAUAAAGCUUUGUAAAUAACUUUUUAAAUUUGA